AUGGAUACGAACAUUACCGAAGACUUUUUGGAUCAUUACAUCGAUCUGUUCAGCUAUCUCAAGAAACGUCAGGAGAGGUUACAGACGCUCAAGAGGGAUCUCUUACGUCAGAAGUUGUCGUUGAAAGAAUAUGAACAAGCAUGGAUGGAGUUUCAAACUCAGGAGAGUGUGCGGCUGCGGCAGCGUCGCACAAGGACACAAGUGAUCCAAUUCCAAAUCUUAACACAAGUGGGGCAGGGGGGUUUUGGCGAAGUAUUUUUAGCUCGUAAGAUAGAUACCAACGAGCUCUGCGCGUUAAAACGGAUGUCCAAGCGACAUCUCCAUCUCCAGGACGAAGUUCAACAUAUCUUGACAGAACGUGAUAUCCUCACCUCUACACGAUCGGAAUGGCAUGUUCGAUUACUAUAUUCAUUUCAAGAUCAUCAAUAUGUUUAUUUGGCCAUGGAGUUUGUCCAAGGAGGAGAUCUCCGGACUAUGUUGACUGCGCGUGGAGUGUUGAGAGAAGAGGAUGCAAAGUUGUAUUUUGCAGAGAUGGCGAUGGCGAUCGAUGCAUUACACCAACAGGGUUAUAUCCAUCGAGAUCUCAAACCCGAGAAUUUUCUAAUUGAUUGUAAGGGUCAUCUUAAAUUGACGGAUUUUGGACUAUCCAAGGGCCAAUUAGCAGAGAGUCGGAUCGAAGCUAUGAAGGCUGAGUUGAGGAAAGUAAAGGAUAGUGUGGAGCCAAUGAUGCCAACACUCAGACGGGGUGCAUCUUCCAUGAUGCUACAUGACCUUCAUCUUCAACAGCAACAGCAACAGCAACAGGAGUUUAAGAAUGAAGGGAUCCGGCGAGCGUAUUCGAUAGUAGGCUCUGCGGAUUAUAUGGCACCAGAGAUAUUGGCCAGUAAAGGGUAUGAUUUUGGGGUAGAUUAUUGGUCGUUGGGAUGUAUUCUGUUUGAAUUCUUGUGCGGAUACAGCCCGUUCCAAGCAGAGGAUACGCGUCAGACGUGCGUUAAUGUAUGGCAUUGGCGCAAGGUCCUGCAGCGGCCGGUGUACGACACAAAAGAGAACCUGGAGUUUAAUCUUUCAGACGAAGCAUGGGAUCUCAUUACAUGUCUGAUAGCAAACCGAGAAAACCGCUAUACGACGGUAGAGCAGCUGAAGCAACAUCCAUGGCUCGAGGGUCUAGAUUGGGAUAAUUUGCGAUCCAUGCCUGCAUCCUUUGUACCUGUGUUAGCAACACCGAUGGACACGAGUUACUUUGACGACUUUUCGAAUCCUGAUGACAUGGUAGGGUACAAGGAUGUGUUGUUGCACCAAGCACAGGUUCAGGAGGCUGAGCAGGCCGAUGCAGCCGCAACAACCAUAUUAGCAACAGCCAUGAGGGCAACAUCAAGACAUUUGCCUGUUAUUUUACAGACACAAGAUCCAUGGAAGAGAGCGUUUGUAGGCUUCACAUUCCGGCACCAUUGCAACGAAAGCAGAUAA